AUGUCCGUUUGGAGCCAUAGUGAAUCCUCCGCCUUUGGCUGCAGAUCGAGAAUCGAGUAUCCUUCAGAUAGCCCCCCACCCCCCCCCCUUGGCAAGCCUGGCAGCCCCCCGCAAAGGACAUCCUUUCACUCUUCGCCGGCGAAGACCAUCUUCGUGGAAGAAUGGAAGAUGCAUCUUUGCGGAUCCUUAUGGGGCUCUUCAGUCGCAUUUCGACUUGCAGACAUGAAGGGUGCGAGUGUUUUGUUUUUGCUAGGCUUAUGCCUCAACUGGGCAGAUGCCCAAUUCCUGAACAACAGGCCCCACCCCACUUACAGCUUGGAGAAUAUGCCCAAAACCGAUUUUUCGUGCAGGGAUAAAAUUUUGGGGGGGUACUACGCAGAUGCUGAAACGAAUUGUCAGAUGUUUCACAUAUGUGUGAAAGUGGCUGGAAUUGGGGUCCAAGACUUUAGAUUCUUGUGCCCGAAUGGUACUGCUUUCGAUCAAGAUCAUCAAAUAUGUGCCGAAUGGGAGGACAUUGAUUGUGAUGCCAGUACGUUGUAUUAUUCCAGUGAUAACUUCGACUUAUAUCGUAUAGGAUCAGGUUUUGAGUCCAAAGCCCAAAGAUAUGGUGAAGACGAAGAAACAUUCGCUCUACAACGUGCAGAAACUGGUGAUGCUAGAAUUAACCGUGAACAACAAUCAAACACAGUAAACCAGAAGAAAGAAUCGACAUACUUCAGAACAGUGAAGCAGAAAAAGCCCAAUAACAACAAUCAAAAUACCAAUCAUAAUAACGACCAAAACAACAAUAGCGAGAAAGAUAUCUUCAAAAGUUCCAGCAGCUCUAACUUCUACAACAACCGAAACAACGGAAAAGAAAAGGACGAAGAUUACGAUGAUAACGUGAACAUCAAUCAGAAUACUGAUUACUCAGAAAGAAGAAAAGUUGUGAAGAAUAAAAUACGUAGACCCGUACAAAAUAACAACUACAACCAAGACAACGAGAACAGAAACCAAAAUAACGACUACAACAGAAACCAAAACAACAAUUACAACAAAAACCAAAAUAACGACAAUAAUAGAAACCAGUACAACGACAAUACCAGAUAUCAAAACAACGAGUACAACAAACCCCAAAACAAUGACAACAGAAACCAAAACAAUGACAAUAAUAGAAACCAGUACGACAAUACCAGAUAUCAAAACAACGAAAACAACAAACCCCAAAGCAAUGACCACAACAGAAACGAGAAUGAAAACUUCCAAACCUCUCAGAGGGAACCUUCAACUAGACGCCCAGCUCCAGCUAGAAACACCGGCUUCCAAAACAACUUCGCUGGCAGCAGCUAUGUUCCUACCACAGCACGAACCACCAGCACCACUCUCAAUGCUGACCAAUACACCACAGCCAUCCACAACUACAGAACCAGAAACGGACAAAGACAGCGCCAAUACACUGACACCGACAGUCCAGUAUACACCAUCAGCACCCCAGCCCCAUUCAGGGGUUCUCAGCAGUACAACCCGCCUCCGAAUAGACAGACCAACAGCGGUCGGUACUACAGUACCACUCAAGCUCCACAAAGGAGAACCGAGAAUUACCCUCAAUCGAAGUCACUAUCUGUUGACAACUACGAUGUCCCGAAAGUGAAGCAAACCGGUACCACUGCUGCUCAAACUUACAGUACACAGUACGACACACCCAAAUUGAAGCCAUCUGGCACGACAGCUGCACAAUAUGACGUGCCCAGAACUAGUUCUACUGCAGCGCAGGCACCCAGUACCCAAUACGAUACUCCUAGAGUGAAACAAACCAGUUCUCCUACUUAUGACGUACCAAGAACUGGUUCUACUCCAGCUCAAACCUACAACACCCAGUACGAUACGUCUAGAACGAAGCAAACCUCUAGCACCCCUGCUCAAAGUUACAACACAAACUAUGACAUUCAGAAAACGAAGCAACCAAGCAGUACUGGACAAAACUUCAACACUCAAACGAAAUUCGCUAGUACUACCACUCAGUACGAAGCGACCAAAGUGAAGAGCAGCUACCCUAAGAGUACCAUCGCAGCAGAAAACACAGAUAAUUACCCUGUCAAUAACCCCAAGUACAGUACAUUCGAGAAAAAGCCAACGACCCCUUUCAAGCAACCUGAUAACUACCCUAGUACGCUCAGUCCUAAGCCGUUCAGUCUGAAUACCUUCCCUAGUACGUUCGCUCCAAGGACCAACAAUGCUUAUAAUCAGAUAGCUCACCAGAGCAUCAACUAUAACAAGAACGGUGAGAGUACUGGUAUUAGUGCUCCAACGACGAGAGCCAGAGAGCAGAGUAGUACUGUGAGGAGUACGCCUUUUACUCAGUACACGCCAACGGUGCCUAGGAUCAGUUCUACGACGCCAGCCAGCAGGUCGAGCCGUUUCGACGAGACCCAGUACGACGACGGCUCCUACAGCACCAGAUACGACUACGACACCGACGACAGACGCGACGACGAAUUUCUGAAAACGGCUCACAGCCAAAACAUCGCGGCUAGCCGCAACCAACUGGCACACACCACCAAGGCGCAGGCGCAGCGUUCCGACGCGCCUCGCCCGUUCUCGGCCACGCCGAAGGCCACCGAAGCUCCCCGAGCGAUAACGAAGGCGGCCGAAGUCCCGCGAGCAGUUACGAAGGCGGCCGAGCACGGUAACGGCGUUAGUACUAAGAAAGCCAAGGACGUGAGUUACGAUUACGCGUACUAUGACUCUCACACCGAUAGUGGGGAGCCUGAUUAUGAUAUCGCGACGGAUAUCAAGAAAUCUACUGUGAAGAAUUGAUUGGGAUUAGGUACUUUUGUAUUUCAGUCUACAUUUUGAAAAUUACUGUAUCAUCGAAAUAUCAUCAUUCAAAUCAAGACUUGUUGUUCGUUCGGAUCAUAAUGAUUUAUUUUUCAGUUAUUAGUAGUUGAGUUAAGGAAUAUAAAAAGGGGGAAAAUGUUUCAAAAUAUUUCGAAUUUGCUAUUAUGGGGUGUAAAAAUGAACUGCUCACCUUUGAACGUCCAAACUAGACUUUCAAAAACCGGCUAGAAAUAUUUGUCAGUACUUAUUUGUUGUAAAAUAACAAAGGAAAAAAUUAUAAAACAAAUCACUAUAGAACCUACCUUGAAAUUAAUUUCGAAACAUUGGAAAUUUACUACUUCUUAUCAUAACACAUCAAAAAAUAUGCAUAUAAUUUAUCGUCGUCAAGAUUAUUUGAAGGCCAGUUCGAGACAAGAAUCAUCAUUUCAUCAAGAAUAUCAUCACUUUGCAAAUCUGUUGAGUGUUUGUUUCUUUCAUUUAAUCUGAGUUUAAUGAACCAAAUUUAUCUUAUUACUAAUGGAAAAUUCAUUGAAAAUUUGAAGGCAAACCAUAUUUUUUUGCAAAUGUUUUCAUAUGGACCAUUAAAUAUGCUGAGUAUUACUGACACACUUGUCUAAAUGAAAAUUGUAAGUUUUAUAAUUCCUAUAUUAUGUAUAAUGUGCCCAUAGUUAUAGAAUUGUAUGAGGGUACCGAAUAUACUUGAACAAUUUAUUUCAUUUUACUUCAAUUAUUUAUUUAAUCAAAAUUAAUUUUGCAAUAGAAUUGGAAUUGAGUAUAGGUACCUACUUGAUUUCAUAAAAAGAAAAUGGAAUGAAUGUAUGGUAGGUACAUAAAAAAAUUGGAGUAUAAUAUACACUAUUAAUUUUUGAGAAUAUGCUGAAAUCUCCUACUGCCAAAUUGUGUAGGUUGGUAUAUUUUCAUGUAGAUGUAAUAUUGUUUAUGGAUGUGUCUGUUGAGUAUUUUUUUUUUUUUGAGAAAUGUUUAUGAAAACAGUCCUUGUAAAUUAACAGACCAUGAAUGAGCUUUCCCAUAUCAUUAUUUAAUGUUGUACAUAUUGUAUUUUAUUACAUUAAAAGUAUUGUUAUUGAUUCUUAUUUUUU